CGCUUGUCAUUCCUCGGCAUUCCCUUCAGCGCGCGCACGGAUGCAGCACUACACGACUGCAGCAAAACACACGGCUCGUAUCAUCCACGCGUGAAAUGCUGCCCACUGGACAUUUCUCCUGCUUUUGAUUUUCCAAACGGGACAUGAUCAUGACGAGAGAGCUACAUUAACAGCCAAACAUCUCUUAAACACCGCACUGGUUUAAAGGGACACAUUUCUAACCUCCGAUACGCUGGAUAGACGCCUUCCUUUCCAGAAAUGAAUCAUAAGGACUGAUUCAGUUUUUCCUUCGUUUGAUGUUGAGUCGAGAGACAAGAUUGCCAUGGAAGUGAAAGAACGCAGACCUUACCGCUCCCUGACCUCCAGACGGGACACGGAGCGUCGGUACACCAGCUCAUCAGCCGACAGCGAGGAUGGCAAGCUCAACCCAAAGUCUUACAGCUCCAGUGAGACCCUCAAAGCUUUCGACCAGGACUCCAGAUUAGCUUAUGGCAGCCGGGUCAAAGACGUUGUGCACCAUGAGGCCGACGAGUUCAGCAGGCAGGGUGCAGACUUCUCUCUUAGAGACAUGGCCUUUGCUGAUCCAGUGUUGCCCCAUAUGACAUCAUAUAGGACAGAAAUGGGCCUGCCCCAUCGUGACUACUCUGUCAGCGUGGGCUCGGAUGCUGACACCGAAACGGAUGGGAUCAUGUCCCCGGAGCACGCUGUCCGUCUCUGGGGUCGCAGCAAUCCCAAAUCCGGCCGUAGCUCCUGCCUAUCCAGCAGAGCCAACUCCAACCUCACCUUAACCGACACGGAGCACGAAAACACAGAAAACGGUGCACCUCUCCAUUGCUCAUCUGCAUCCUCUUCCCCUGUCGACUCCCCCUACCCUCCCCCCUCCCAUGCAGCCAAUCAGGGCCAUGGAAGGUUGCUAGGUAACAGUGGGGCUCAGGCCGGCCGGGACUCUGAGUCAGAAGAUGAGUUUGGCCCCAAUUCAUUCUUAGUUAAAACCGGCUCAGGGAACGUCUGUGCUCUGGCCACUGCGACUGCUAACGAAGGCUCCUUCCAGAAUCAUUCCCGUUUACGGACACCGCCGCUGCCCCUCUCUCACUCCCACUCGCCCAGCCAGCACCACAGCGCCUCUGUUGGCUCCCUGAGUCACAGCAACUACACCCAGCGCAGUAACCCGAGCCCGGCACCCACCGAUAACUCGACUCUCAAUGAGGGUCCUACAAGUGCCCAGGACUCAGGCAGCGCCCAGGACAACUGGCUUUUAAAUAGCAACGUCCCACUAGAGACCAGGAGCCAGAAUACUCUAAUGUUUAUCAGAGAAGAACAGGACGCUUGCAGAGAGAGGCAUGGGUCGUACAACACAAGAAACAUAGCAAAGCAGACAUUCCUAGAGACAUUACAGGACAACUUUAUAGAGAUGGACACACUGGCCACAGCUCGCCGUGACGGCGCUUACACCGAUGGACACUUUCUGUUCAAGCCUGGCGGGACUUCGCCCUUAUACUGCACUACGUCACCCGGCUACCCCUUGACGUCCAGCACGGUGUACUCGCCCCCGCCCCGUCCCCUGCCACGAAGCACAUUUUCGCGGCCCGCCUUCAGCCUGAAGAAACCCUACAAGCAUUGCAACUGGAAAUGUGCUGCCCUCAGUGCCAUUCUCAUCUCUGUCACACUGGUGUUCCUGUUGGCCUACUUUAUCGCCAUGCACCUCUUCGGACUCAACUGGCAUUUGCAGCCGAUGCAGAGGCAAAUUUAUCAGUUGACGGAGGAUAACACAAGUGGCCUGCAUCUACCGACAGACCUGGGCUUGCCACCUUUAGGCAACACGGGUCUGGAGUUCCCGGACCGAGGAAGCAGAGAUGAUGGUAAACUAGACGGCUUUUUCCCAGAGGACAGCUUCAUAGACAUGGGAGAGAUAGACGUGGGACGCAAAGUCGGACAGCUGAUCCCGCCAGGAAUCUUUUGGAGGUCGCAGGUCUUUAUUGACCACCCCAUGUACCUCAAAUUCAACGUGUCUCUUAGUAAAGAUGCCUUGGUGGGGAUCUAUGGAAGAAGAGGGCUGCCUCCAUCACACACACAGUUUGACUUUGUGGAACUGUUGGACGGCCGUCGGCUCCUGGCUCAGGGGGUGCCGAGCAUCGAAGGGCCACCUUUUCCAGCCCAGCAACGAAGCCUGGCUCCCCUAACCAAUCACGAUACGGGAUUCAUACAGUACAUGGACUCGGGCAUCUGGCACCUGGCUGUGUAUAAUGAUGGAAAGGAAACAGAACAGGUGUCCUUUCUAACAACGGCAAUUGACUCGAUUGAUGACUGUCCUAGUAACUGUUUUGGGAAUGGAGACUGCGUAGCCGGAAACUGUCACUGUUUUCCCGGCUUCAGAGGGCCUGACUGCAGCAGAGCGUCCUGUCCCGUACUGUGCAGUGGAAACGGUCAGUACCUGAAAGGACGUUGCAUGUGUCACAGUGGCUGGAAAGGGUCCGAAUGUGACGUUCCCACCAACCAGUGCAUCGACAUCACCUGCAGCGGACACGGCACGUGCAUUGUGGGAACGUGCAUCUGUAAUCCAGGCUACAAGGGGGAGAACUGUGAAGAAGUGGACUGCAUAGACCCAACUUGCUCAGGGAGAGGAGUUUGUGUACGUGGAGAAUGUCACUGUUUUGUUGGAUGGGGAGGACCUGGCUGCGAAAGUCCACGCGCUUCAUGUAUGGAGCAGUGCUCGGGUCAUGGGACCUUCUUGGCUGAUACUAAUUCAUGUAAUUGUGACCCCAACUGGACCGGUCACGACUGCUCCACAGAGCUGUGCGCAGCCGACUGUGGUGGACACGGCAUCUGCGUGGCGGGCAGCUGCCGUUGCGACGAGGGCUGGAUGGGCACCGGAUGUGAGCAACGGGCGUGUCACCCGCGCUGCAGCGAGCACGGGACGUGCAAAGAUGGAAAAUGCGAAUGCAGCCCGGGCUGGAACGGAGAGCACUGCACCAUCGCUCACUAUCUGGAUAAGGUAGUGAAAGAGGGCUGUCCUGGUCUGUGCAAUGGCAACGGCAGAUGCACGCUCGGUAAUAAUGGCUGGUACUGCGUUUGUCAGCUGGGCUGGCGGGGAGCAGGCUGCGACACAUCAAUGGAGACGGCCUGCAGCGACGGCAAGGACAAUGAUGGAGAUGGUUUAAUGGACUGCAUGGACCCGGAUUGCUGCCUGCAGACUUCUUGUCACACCACGUCUCUAUGUGUGGGCUCCCCUGAUCCACUAGACAUCAUCCAGGAAUCACAGAUCUCCUCUACACAGAGCACCCUGCGGUCCUUCUACCACCGUGUCCGCUUUCUGGUUGGCCGGGACAGUACCCACGUCAUCCCUGGCGUCAAUCCCUUUGACGGCAUUCAUGCUUGUGUUAUCCGAGGACAAGUGGUGACUUCAGACGGAACGCCGUUGGUUGGUGUGAAUAUCAGCUUUAUCAAUAAACCAGCAUAUGGAUAUAGCAUCACCCGACAGGAUGGCAGCUUCGACCUGGUGAGUAAUGGGGGCGUGGCCAUAGCCCUAAGGUUUGAACGUGCUCCGUUUAUCACUCAAGAGCACACCUUGUGGUUGCCGUGGGGACGAUUUUUCGUUAUGGACACCAUUGUGAUGCGGCAUGAGGUGAACGACAUCCCCAGCUGUGAUCUGAGCAGCUUCACCCGGCCCAUGCCCAUAGUUCUGCCCGCCCCUCUGACGGCAUUCGCCGGGACCUGCAACGAGAGGGGUGCCGUGGUCCCAGAGAUUCAGACUCUCCAAGAAGAGGUGCAAAUCCCGGGUACAGACAUGCGUCUGGGGUACCUGAGCAGCCGGACAGCGGGGUAUAAAUCUCUUCUGCGUAUCACCCUGACACAUUCAACCAUCCCCUUCAGUCUGAUGAAGGUUCAUCUCAUGGUGGCUGUUGAAGGAAGGCUCUUUAGGAAAUGGUUCUCAGCAGCACCAAAUCUCUCCUAUGACUUUGUCUGGGACAAGGCAGACGUCUACAGCCAAAAAGUAUACGGCCUAUCAGAAGCUUUUGUGUCAGUGGGUUUCGAGUAUGAGUCCUGCCCAGAUCUUAUCCUUUGGGAGAAGCGGACGGCCGUCCUGCAGGGAUACGAGACCACGGCGUCCAAUCUGGGUGGCUGGAGCCUGGACAAACAUCACGCACUGAACAUUCAGAGUGGUAUCCUGCACAAGGGCAACGGCGAAAACAUCUUCAUCUCCCAGCAGCCCCCAGUCAUCGGAAGCAUCAUGGGUAACGGGAGGAGACGCAGUAUCUCCUGUCCGAGCUGUAACGGGCUGGCUGACGGAAAUAAGCUGCUCGCACCCGUAGCCUUAGCCUGCGGAUCCGACGGCAGUCUUUACGUGGGGGAUUUCAACUACGUCCGUCGAAUUUUCACCACGGGAAAUGUCACAAGUGUCUUAGAGCUCAGAAAUAAAGAUUUCAGGCAUAGCAAUAGUCCUGCGCACAAAUAUUACCUGGCUACCAGCCCUGUUUCGGGGGCACUGUACCUGUCAGAUACCAGCAGCAGGAAGGUCUUUAAGGUGAAGUCUCUGAAUACGGUGAAGGAUGUGGCAAAGAACCUCGAGCUAGUGGCGGGCACAGGAGAUCAGUGUUUGCCGUAUGAUGAGACGCGCUGCGGCGACGGAGGUAAAGCCGUGGAGGCCACACUAACCAACCCGAGAGGCAUCACUGUGGACAAGUAUGACGUGAUCUUCUUCGUAGACGGCACCAUGAUCCGUCGUAUCGAUCAGAACGGUAUCAUAUCCACCUUGCUGGGCUUCAAUGACUUGACUUCUGCGCGACCCCUGAGCUGUGACUCCGUGAUGGACAUCUCCCAGGUACGUUUAGAAUGGCCGACAGACCUUGCGGUGAGCCCGAUGGACAAUUCCCUUUAUGUGCUGGACAACAAUGUCGUCCUGCAGAUCUCAGAAAACCACCAAGUGAGAAUCGUAGCCGGUAGGCCAAUGCACUGCCAGGUACCUGGCCUGGAUCACUUCCUGGUCAGCAAAAUCGCCAUCCACGCCACCUUGGAAUCCGCCAACGCUCUCGCCGUCUCCCACAACGGCAUACUUUACAUCUCCGAAUCGGACGAGAAAAAGAUCAACCGCGUGCGACAGGUCUCCACCAAUGGCGAGAUCUCUCUGGUCGCUGGCGCCCCUAGUGGCUGCGACUGCAAAAACGAUGCAAACUGCGACUGCUACUCUGGCGAUGACGGCUACGCCAAAGACGCCAAACUGAACGCACCGUCCUCGCUGGCGGUCUCACCCGAUGGAGAACUUUUCAUCGCCGAUCUGGGUAACAUACGAAUACGCUACGUCAGAAAAAACAAACCGUUCCUCAACCCGCUAAAUAUGUACGAGAUUUCCUCGCCGAUUGACGACGAACUCUACCUGUUUGACGUGAACGGGAGUCACGUUUUUACUCAAAGCCUGACCACUGGAGACUACUUGUACAACCUGACAUAUUCAGGCGACGGUGACCUGAGCAGCGUCACGGACAAAAAUAAGAACAAAGUGACUAUUCGUAGAGACACCACUGGAUUGCCUCUUUGGCUGAUGGGUCCUGAUGGUCAGACUUUCUGGUUUACUAUUGGAACUAAUAAUGGGCUGAAAAGUGUUGCCACUCAAGGUCAAGAAGUAGCUAUGAUGACUUAUCAUGGAAGCUCAGGAUUGCUGGCCACAAAAAGCAAUGAAGAUGGGUGGACUUCCUUCUAUGAGUAUGAUAACUAUGGGCGGCUGACGAACGUGACCUACCCGACAGGAAGGGUGAGCAGCUAUCGUACGGAUUCAGAUAGCACUGUGCGGGUGCAAACCGAGGGCUCCAACAAAGAAGACAUUACGGUUACCACCAACCUCUCAGCAUCUGGCACCUUCUACACACUUAUGCAAGAUCAAGUCAAAAACAGUUACUACAUCGGUUUGGACGGCUCCUUGCGUCUGGUUUUGGCCAACGGUAUGGAAGUGUCUCUUUAUACGGAGCCUCACUUGCUGUCAGGUACCGUCAACCCGACCAUAAGCAAGAGAAACGUAACUUUACCCAUCGACAACGGACUCAACCUGGUGGAGUGGAGACAACGCAAAGAACAGGCGCGAGGGCAGGUCACGGUAUAUGGACGCAGACUCCGGGUUCAUAACCGGAACUUGUUGUCCAUGGAUUUUGACCGUGUAACCAGGACUGAGAAAGUGUAUGAUGACCACAGAAAGUUCACUUUGAGGAUUCACUAUGAUCAUGCCGGAAGACCUACUUUGUGGGCUCCAAGCAGUCGACUGAACGGCGUCAACGUCACAUACUCACCGGGCGGCCACAUCGCUGGCAUCCAAAGGGGAACAAUGUCAGUCCGAAUGGAAUAUGACCAGAACGGGAGGAUCGCGUCAAAGAUAUUUGCAGAUGGAAAGUCUUGGAGCUACACCUACCUUGAAAAGUCUAUGGUACUACUCCUAUACAGCCAGCGACAAUACAUCUUUGAAUUUGACAAGAAUGACCGCCUCUCUUCGGUCACCAUGCCCAAUGUUGCCAGACAGACCUUGGAAACCACCCGUUCCAUCGGCUAUUACAGAAACACAUACAGACCCCCUGAGGGCAAUGCAACGGUUUUGCAGGACUACAGCGAAAGUGGCCUGCUUCUUCAGACCAUCCAUCAAGGAACAGGGCGUAGAGUUAUGUACAAGUAUGGCAAGCUCUCCCGUUUGCUUGAAAUCCUUUACGAUACGACACGGAUUGCCUUUUCUUACGAUGAAUCUGCCGGUAUGCUUAAAACUGUGGGCCUACAAAGUGAUGGCUUUGCGUGCACCAUACGGUACAGGCAGAUCGGACCUCUGAUUGACAGGCAGAUCUUUCGCUUCAGUGAAGAAGGCAUGGUGAACGCUCGCUUUGACUACAACUACGACAACAGCUUUCGGGUAACGAGCAUGCAAGCGGUUAUCAAUGAAACGCCGCUGCCCAUUGACCUCUACCGCUACGAUGACGUUUCAGGCAAAACUGAGCAGUUUGGCAAGUUUGGAGUCAUCUACUAUGAUAUUAACCAGAUCAUUACCACAGCUGUCAUGACCCACACCAAACACUUUGACGCGUAUGGGCGUGUCAAAGAGGUGCAGUACGAGAUUUUCCGUUCGCUAAUGUACUGGAUGAUGGUGCAGUAUGACAACAUGGGUCGAGUGGUUGCCAAGGAGCUUAAGGUGGGGCCUUACGCAAAUACCACUCGUUACGCCUACGAGUAUGACGCCGAUGGCCAGCUCCAGGUCGUGUCCAUCAAUGACAAACCUCUGUGGCGCUAUAGUUAUGACCUGAAUGGAAACUUACAUCUUCUGAGUCCCGGUAAUAGCGCCAGACUUACACCACUGCGCUAUGACAUACGGGAUCGCAUCACACGAUUAGGUGACGUGCAGUACCGACUGGACGAGGAUGGUUUCCUCAGACAAAGAGGCAAUGAUUUCUUUGAAUAUAACUCUGCUGGACUGCUUGUUAAAGCCUACAGCAAAGUCGGCGGAUGGACUAUCAAGUACCGCUAUGAUGGAUUGGGCAGGAGAGUGUCCAGCAGAAGUAGCCAAGGCCAUCAUCUGCAGUUCUUCUAUGCCGACUUGUCCAGCCCCACCAGAGUCACCCACAUGUAUAACCACUCAAGCUCAGAAAUCACCUCACUCUACUAUGACCUUCAGGGCCACCUCUUUGCCAUGGAGCUGAGCAGUGGUGAUGAGUUUUAUGUCGCCUGUGACAACAUUGGCACACCGUUGGCUGUUUUUAGCGGUGCUGGCAUCAUGAUCAAACAGAUACUACGUACAGCUUUCGGAGAGGUGUAUCUGGACUCGAACCCAAGUUUCCAGCUAGUCGUAGGCUACCUGGGUGGCCUCUACGAGCCACUUACCAAACUUGUCCACAUGGGCCGCAGAGAUUACGAUGUUCUUGCUGGCCGUUGGACCACUCCUGACCAUGAUGUUUGGAAGCGGCUUAACAGCAACAACAUUGUGCCCUUCAACCUCUACAUGUUCAAGAACAACAACCCCCUAAGCAACAGCCAGGAAACAAAGUGCUACAUGACAGAUGUUAACAGCUGGUUGGUGACGUUCGGUUUCCAACUGUACAACGUAAUUCCCGGCUAUCACAAACCUGUCACUGAUGCCAUGGAGCCUUCUUAUGAGCUCAUUCAUACUCAGAUGAAGACUCAGGAGUGGGACAGCACCAAGUCUGUAUUGGGAGUCCAGUGUGAAGUCCAGAGGCAGCUGAAGUCUUUCGUACGGUUGGAGCGGUUCGAACAGAUCUAUGGAGCGAGUGAUUCUGGUUGUCCUCAGACGCCUCUCCGCACUCUCUUUGCCACGGGCAGCUCGUUGUUCGGCAAGGGCGUCAAAAUAGCAAUCCGGGAGGGCCGGGUGACCGCCGACAUCAUUAGCGUGGCCAACGAAGAUGGGCGGCGGAUAGCGGCAGUGCUCGACAAGUCCCUGUACCUGCAGGAUUUACACUUCACCAUCGUGGGCUUAGACACCCACUACUUUGUCAAAUCAGGACCGGUAGAGGGCGACCUUGCCCUUCUGGGCAUGACGGUCGGCCAGCGCACGCUGGAGACUGGUGUUAAUGUAACAGUCUCACAAGUCAACACGGCGCUCGGUGGCCGUACGCGUCGCAUAACUGACAUUCAGCUGCAGUACGAUGCGCUGAGCCUAAACGUCCGCUACGGCAGCAGUCCGGACGAAGAAAAGGUCCGUGUGCUGGAGCUUGCACGGCAAAGGGCAGUUGCGGCCGCCUGGGCUCGUGAGCGUCACAGAUUAAGGCAAGGAGAGGAAGGCACUCGAGCUUGGACGGACGCAGAACGGCAACAACUUCUGAGCUCCGGACGCGCACAAGGCUACGAGGGCUUUUACAUAGUGUCGGUCGAUCAGUUUCCCGAAUUAGCUGACAGCGUAAACAACAUCCAAUUCUUGCGACAGACGGAGAUGGGCCGCAGGUGACAUGAUCGCAGGGGGAACGCACGCUCGGACAAGGCGUCCAGGACUUCUUGCCAAAGACAAGUUGCUUUUGUGACCAUAUUGUUUUACUUUAUUUUUACGUUGACUUGUUUUUUUAAUACAUGACGUACGCGGUUGCGAACAAUUGCACUGUAUGGACUGCGGAGUGCCCUUCUCAUUUUUUUGUACUACUUAAACCCUCUCUGCCCUUCGAGUGCGGCUGCUAAAAGAGGACAUAUGGCAGUGUUGGUGGUUUAUUUGGUUCUGCCUUCGUGUUUGUGGGUUUGCUCAAAUGAAUAUAGAAAGAGGAGUGGUAACGCAUUAUGCUCACUGGCUCAGCCUGCUGCCAGACGAGCAGAUUGUUAUUCACAAGCUUCACUCCACUCUGCCUUUUCCCGCGCCAAGGAGAGACCUCUUUUAAUCGCUUCUUUUUAUACUUGAAAGCCCACCGGCUGUGUCAUACAGUACUUAAACAAGGACGUUGAUGUUUGUGGUUCAUUGCUACUAGUUCAGGUUCCCGACUAAGCUCAUCUCAUGUUGAAAACUUGUUGUGAUGUCUUGUAAUAUUUUGGGACUGGGUGGUUUGCUAGUAACAUCCAUAUGUUUUUAUUUUAUUUUGAUCAACAGCUUGAUUUGAAUUUAUGUGGAAGAUGUAUGUAUGCAUACAUUAAAUGUCUGAAAAUAGCUAGCCCUAUGGUCCAGUUAGCUUGUAUGAAAUUGGCACAGCUCUGUUGCAAAUUCUAGUUUGCCGCAUACCAGAACAGCAUUUUUCUUUACCGUAGAAAAUGAUGCUUCCUUUGCGCCUGUCCUUUUUCAAAAUUAGUAAAUCCCACAAUGUACUAAAUAAAACUAUAAAAAACUAUUUCAGUUAAAUUUUAAAUGGACUAUUUAACCACCGUUUUCUUGCGCCAUGUAUUUUUAUGCUAAUUUAAUAAUGCAGAUGUUAGCAUAGCGACAUGCUAACAUUAGACUCCAUCCCAAAGUUUGUUGCACACAAUCCAUCAUAAAUAAUAUUUGAAACUAGAAUUAGUAUGUUCCUACCGAGCCCCUAAGGUGACAUUGGAGUAAAAAAAUCUAAAGUUUAGUUUCAAGUGCUCACGUGAAACUUUUAUGUUCUCACGCGAAACCUUCAUGUGCAGAAUUUUUUUUAAGUUUAGUUUUGCGUGCUCGCGUGAAACUUUGGCGCACGCAUGUGAAACUAAACUUUAUUUAAUUUUGCUCCAUGUCCCCUUAGGGGCUCGGUACAUUCCAAAUCAUAGUACACUGAAAAAAAUAUUAAUUCAAUUUACUAAAUUUUUUAAGGUAAGUGGUUGCAAUCAAUUUAUUUAAGCUACAUUUAAAAAAAUAAAAUAAACAACUUUUGUUUAAAUAUAGCUUAAAUAAAUUGAUUGGAAGCACUUACCUUAAAAAAAUUAGUAAAUUGAAUGAAUCAUUUAUUUCAGUGUAUAUUGAACUGGGUGUCCUUGAAUUGCUAUUUCUGGUUAAAAUUUGAAGUGCAGAUCAAUGCACACUUUUGUACAACUCUAAUAUUACCCACAACUCAUUGUGAGAGGGAGAUUAGUGAUGUAUCACUAUAACCUACAACCCAUCAUGCAUUUUAUAUUUUUUUUGGACACUGCCGUAUGAGACGUACAUCAGACGCAAAUUCAACGAUUUGCGCUAGUAGAUUACAUACAAAUUUAAUGUAAAGACGCGAAUAGACGCAAACUCGCGUGGGGCGAUGCGAAUUACGCGAAUUGGGCGGUUCGAUUGCCGUAAAAACAUACGCUAUUCGCCUCAAACGCGUCUUCGCGCAAGUUGAAAAUAAUCAACUCAAGCGAAAAAUGUAAGUAGAAUCCUGCGAAUAAUCUAGAGCUGGAAUACGGUGCUUCGCGUUUGGUAUGUACGCAGCAUUAGAAUUAAACAGCAUGGCGGCUCGCUAGUUUUUGCAACAGAGCUUUACUAAAGUCGGUAUUAGAAAGAUUUAUUUCUUUUAACAAAACACUAUAAUUUCACGUAAGCGUUAGUUUAUUACCUAGCAACACUCAGAGAAACGUACAAAAUGUGAACUGUUGUCCCUUAUAUUGCUAAUUGUUGUACUUGAACAAUGCCUAGUGUUUAAACACAUGGAAUAAAGUCCAGAAAAGGUCAAUCAAUUAAAUUGAUUCGGGUUUACGGCCUCAGCAAAAAGACCAUUCAUAUGGACCAUUCCUAAGAAUGACAGUAUUUAUUUUAAAGCUGUGUUUUUUGAGGAGUAAACAUCAUCAUGUUUUGUCAAUGAAAUAAACGCUUCAAGCGUCAAAUGGCAUGAAUACUUAAAAAUAAGGCACAUUACUUAAACAAGCACUCUGACUUGUUUGUUUUUUUAAAGAAAUAUUUGGAGUGCUAUGAACAUUGCAUAUUACGGUAAGGACGGUGACAACCCCAUGCGAAUUGCCUUUUUCUCCCUAGGGUCAGUGUCGUAAGUGCUCUGAAUGAAAAAAUAAGACCCUCGAACUUUGAACGUACAUUGGUUAGAGGUUGAAAUGCACGUCUACCGACCUGGCAACCAACCAUCGGUACGUCUACCAGAGCUCCCAAAAUGAUUUUGCGGGACCCAUUUCUGAUCGGAUGGCGUUAAUACUGUACGUCGAACAUUGGCGGAUAACGCUAGCAUUCGGUGUACGAAUCUAUCGCUUGGGAUGAGCACUUGGGAACGGUCGCAGUGGCGAGCUGAUCAAGUGCUUUAAGCUGUAAAAUACCAUUAAGCAUAUUUUGUUUUAUUUUUAUCGUCAUUGAAUGCAGUGACAUCAUGAGUCUGACAACAUUGCUGUAUUUAAAAAGAAAGAAUGAAGGAUAAACACAACGUAGUAAAUUGCACUGAGAACUACAUUGUAAGGCUUUUAUUUUUUCUUAACGUUUUGGACUCAUUUUGAUUGAUUGAUUGUUUGUUUGUUUGUUCUCAACACUGUGUUUCUAAACGCUGUAAAUAAAAUGACAAGAAAAUGGGCUGUAAAUACAAUGCAGAUGUAGAUACCUUUUAGAGCUCCUGCAGUCAAUCUGUUUAGUCUUUAGUUAAAGACGAAAAAAUAAAGGAUAUUUUGUGUUUACAUUCA